AUGAUGGGCUCUUGGGGUGUCCAGACCCCAGUACCUAUGGUCGCAGAUCCUUUUCUCCAACAAACGACCUACACAGAUUUGUUGACCUUCACUUUUUGUGGGCCAACGCCAUAUAAUCAAAAUCAACCACUCUUCAUUGAUGCCGAAGAUCCCUCACGCUCAUUUACGGGCACCCAAUUUCGCCAGCUAGUUCGGACGUUGAUUGCUGGCUUUAAGGCAUAUGGCAUACAGCCGGGUGACUGCGUGCUCCUGCACUUGGGGAACAGCAUCCUCUACCCUGCCCUAUUUUUUGGUAUCAUCGGUGCUGGUGGUGUAUACAUGGGAUCAAAUCCCCGCAGCCAACCGCAAGAAUUGGACCAUAUCAUAAGUCUGGCUGAGCCCAAGCUUAUCUUCACUACGGCCGAGGCCCUACCAAUGGUCAUGAAUGUCGCUGCUGAGCGAGAAAUACACCCUAGCCGCGUUUGUCUGGUAGAUGAUCGAGCUGUCGAUCACUGCGCGCGGCUGUUUUUGCAAUUCGAGCUGGGAUAUCAGACACGACGCGACUCGAUACCUGUUGGAAAUGCGCCGCACUCGAACUUUGCCCAUCUCCUGGACUUUGGUGAAAGUGGUUGGUUAAUGUUCAAUGACCCAGUGGUUGCGCAGAAUACCCCAGCCGCCAUGUUCUCGACCAGUGGCACUGGUGGUCUACCCAAAGCGGCUAUUUUGUCACACCAUGCGAUCGUGUCUCACCAUCGCUCUAUACAAUAUGAGGUGCCGUAUCUGACAAGUCGACUCAUGUCACUGCCUAUGUUCCACUUGUUUGGUGCUCUAUGGACUCAUCUUUUUCCCGUCCGAUAUGGCCACCCACUUUUCGUCUUGCCACGCUUUGAGAAAGGGCAGUUUCUCAAGACCAUUCAUAAAUACCAGAUCUCGGAGACCUAUCUAGUCCCGGCCAUCAUUCACUCUCUGAAUCGAUCCUCUCAUCCUGUUGCGGAGUAUCUACAAUCUCUACGUUAUGUUGGCGUCGCGGGAGCCCCCCAUUGA